AAUGUUUCCAUCCUUCAGAAUUCCACUAAAGCUCCACUGAAGCGCUCUAAUGUGGAGCGUGUGACAAACAUGCAGAUUCUGGUUCUGUUCGGGAUUCUCCUGGUCAUGGCGCUGGUCAGCUCCAUCGGUGCCGCUAUAUGGAACAAACAGCACACAGAUGAGGCUUGCUGGUACCUUUCCCGUGCAGGUGACAUAUCUCUGAACUUCUGGUACAAUCUGCUAACCUUCAUCAUCCUCUAUAACAACCUGAUUCCCAUCAGCCUCCUGGUCACACUAGAAGUGGUCAAAUUCACACAGGCUCUCUUCAUCAACUGGGAUGUUGAGAUGUAUUACGCCGAGACGGACACUCCUGCUAUGGCCCGAACGUCCAAUCUGAAUGAAGAACUCGGCCAAGUAAAAUAUCUGUUUUCAGAUAAGACCGGCACUCUUACCUGCAACAUCAUGCAUUUUAAGAAGUGCACGAUAGCUGGAAUUACAUACGGGCAUUUCCCAGACCUGGACUGCGAUCGAUCCAUGGAGGACUUCAGUCACCUUCCCUCUACAAGUCAUAAUUCCACUGAGUUUGAUGAUCCUGCUCUUAUCCAGAACAUUGAGAAGAAUCACCCUACAUCUCCACAGAUUUGUGAGUUUUUGACCAUGAUGGCUGUUUGUCAUACUGUUGUUCCUGAGCGAGAAGGAAACCAAAUUAUCUUCCAGGCUUCCUCACCAGAUGAAGGAGCACUGGUUAAAGGUGCCAAAAGUCUGGGCUUUGUAUUUACGGCACGAACCCCACAUUCAGUCAUCAUAGAAGCGAGAGGAAAAGAGCAGACAUAUGAGCUUCUGAAUGUACUGGAAUUUUCCAGCAAUCGCAAACGGAUGUCAGUGAUUGUCAGAACACCUACGGGAAAGCUUCGACUUUAUUGCAAGGGAGCGGACAAUGUGAUUUUUGAGCGUCUGAAUGAGGCAUCACAGUAUAAGGACCUGACUGUGGUCCAUCUGGAGCAGUUUGCCACCGAAGGGCUGCGGACACUUUGUUUCGCAUAUGUGGACCUCGAGGAGGGUGCAUAUCGGGAAUGGCUGAAGGAGUACAAUCGUGUCAGCACUGUGCUAAAGGACCGAGCACAGAAACUGGAGGAAUGCUACGAACUCAUAGAGAAGAACUUGCUGUUGCUGGGUGCCACUGCGAUAGAAGACCGACUGCAAGCGGGAGUCCCGGAAACCAUAGCAACACUCAUGAAAGCCGAUAUCAAGAUCUGGGUUCUGACCGGAGACAAGCAGGAGACGGCCAUCAAUAUUGGUUACUCCUGUAGGCUGGUGUCACAUGGCAUGUCCCUCAUCAUCGUCAAUGAAGAUUCCCUGGAUGCAACCAGGGCCACACUAACAGCUCAUUGCUCCUCGCUGGGUGACAGUCUGAGGAAGGAGAAUGAGUUAGCGCUCAUCAUAGAUGGGCAGACGCUCAAAUACGCCCUCUCUUUCGAAGUGCGUCAGUCCUUCCUCGACCUCGCGCUGUCCUGCAAGGCCGUCAUCUGCUGCAGGGUGUCCCCACUGCAGAAGUCAGAGAUUGUGGACAUGGUGAAGAAGCACGUGAAGGCCAUCACGCUGGCUAUCGGAGACGGAGCCAACGAUGUGGGGAUGAUCCAGACGGCACAUGUGGGAGUGGGCAUCAGCGGGAACGAGGGCAUGCAAGCCACCAACUCAUCUGACUACUCUAUAGCCCAGUUCUCAUACCUGGAGAAGCUGUUACUGGUUCACGGGGCUUGGAGUUACAACCGGGUCACCAAAUGUAUCCUGUACUGCUUCUACAAGAAUGUGGUCCUGUACAUCAUAGAGCUUUGGUUUGCGUUUGUAAACGGUUUCUCUGGACAGAUCCUGUUUGAACGUUGGUGCAUUGGCCUGUACAAUGUGAUCUUUACUGCUCUUCCUCCUUUCACACUGGGGAUAGUUGACCGGCCGUGCAGUCAGCAGAACAUGCUACGCUUCCCUCAGCUGUACCGCAUCACACAGAACGCAGAAGGGUUUAACACUAAGGUCUUUUGGGGUCACUGUAUAAAUGCUCUCAUUCACUCCAUUAUUCUCUUCUGGUUUCCACUCAAAGUUCUGGAGCACGACACUCCCUUUGACAACGGCAACAGCGUCGACUACCUGUUCGUGGGGAACAUCGUCUACACGUAUGUAGUGGUAACUGUAUGUCUGAAAGCCGGUAUGGAGACCACAGCAUGGACAAGGUUUUCUCAUCUGGCUGUAUGGGGCAGCAUGGUGCUCUGGAUGUUGUUUUUUGCCGUCUAUUCUGCAAUCUGGCCAACCAUUCCUAUAGCACCUGAUAUGUUGGGUCAGGCUGGCAGGGUGAUGCAGUGCUGGAGCUUCUGGCUGGGUCUGAUACUGGUGCCAACAGCAUGUUUACUCAAAGAUGUGGUGUGGAAUGCAGGACGGCGCACCGUGAGGAAGACUCUGCUGGAGGAGGUGCAGGAACUGGAAGCUCGGGCCGUGGACCCUGGGGCACCCGUCCUCAGAGAUGCCAGCGGCCGCAGUCUGAACGAGCGUGCCCACCUGCUGACACGGGUCUUCAGGAAAAUGCCUUCCAGCGUGGGACGCUCGAACUCCGUGCAGCAGACCGUGUCACAUGGAUAUGCGUUCUCACAGGAGGAGCAUGGAGUGGUGUCGCAGUCCCAGGUUGUUCGCUCCUAUGACACCACCCGGCAGCGGCCCAGUCUGUAGCUGUAGACACAGCGACAGCUGCUAGAGACUUUAAGGACACACCUGUGCUGGCUGACCCUGCUGUGGCCUUUAAGCUGAACUAAAAUGAACUGGCCACAGCUAGCGCAACACUCGGCCAAGCUACAUAACACACCGCCUCCUGACGAGAGAGUGGAUUUACAGGAAACGGAGGAUUGGGGUGGGCGGGCAUAUUCUCACAUCAAAACGGCCAGUCGAAAUGCACUACGCGCGAACGGACAGGCGAAAGGAGCCAAGUAGCACCCAGAAACGAAAGCCAGAAACAAUUGUGACUGUAUCACUAUCACAAGUAACAAGACUGCUUCAUCUGGUUCUACAUUGUGCGGGUGCGUUUGCAUCGUCACAUUUGUAUUUGUGAGCGUAGCUAUCGAGAACGAUGUGCAUAUGUGCUCUUAUCUGUCGUGUGUGUGUAGGUUGUGGGGCGGCUGUUGCACUUCUCUGUGUGUCUGCAUGUGUGUGUUUUUGUUGAGUCCUAGCGUUUGCGUCUCCAGAGAUCGGGAGUUUGGCGUAUCCGUCAUCACCACAGCAAAGCAGGAGGGGAGGCCACUCUAAACAAACACAAAACAGCCACCCACAUGCAUACAGUCUUUUUGGAGGAAUGCCCAUUGCAGACCUGAGAUGGGGGAGGUGUGGCUUACUGAUGCCGCAGACACAUGCAUGCACCGUUCCCAUCCAGCGAGGCUGCCAAAACACACAGCGAUUCUUCUGAGGCGGAACCCCCACCCUGCAGCAUGGAGCUUCCCAGCUUACCACACACACGCAAAUGCACCUUCUCUAGCUCUCUUUCUCACCUAAUCUUCUACUUAAUAGCGGCCUCUGUAUCUUAGAGCUCAUGUUCUCUCCGUCUGCCUCUGUCUUUGAUUCUCUCUCUUUUUCCAGAUCGCCAAUCUCCAUGUCUCCUUGUUCUCUUGGUCUAGUCGUCUUUUCGUUCUCUUCUCUGUUCCAGUCGGUGGCUGCUGUGGAUCACAGCUGUAGCGUUUGCUUUUGUCCUCUUUCAUCUGACCUGUCGGGUUUCUGGACUGUUUUGUCAAAUAAACUGGACUUGUGACUCUG